UGUGUAAGAGAAAGAAAGAAAGAACAAGCAAGAAGAGUGACAGAGCUGUUGACCUCUCCGGUCCUACUUGCUGCCUGAUACUGCAGAAAGAAAGAAAGAAAGAAAGAAAGAAGCUGAAAGAUGAAGACUUUGGCUAUCCUGGUUCUCUGCUCCCUGGCAGCCAUCUGUCUGACUUCAGAUGGCUCCCAGCCUGCCAUUGACAACCCUGCUCAGGAGGGUUUGUUUGUGGAGAGGGAGCAGGCCUCCACAGUGGUGAGGCAGAAGAGAGCCGCUGGAGAGUUAACCCUGACCCAGCUGGAGAGUCUGAGAGAAGUGUGUGAGGCCAACCUGGCUUGUGAGGACAUGAUGGACACACAGGGAAUCAUCGCCGCCUACACAGCCUACUACGGACCAAUCCCCUAUUAGUAGCCAAACCCACAACAGCUGAUUACUCAUCACAACUGUCUUUUUUUUUAUUUAAUUCAAAAGAAUUACAUUUUUUUGAAUUUAAUUCAAAAAAAGACCCCCCCCACCCCCUUGCAGUUAAGCUAAAAAGCAUGAGAUAUCGUUUCCAAAAGUGCGCCAGUAUGCAACAGUUGUUACUCAAAUUAAAAAGUGAGAGAUUAAAAAUGCAAGCAGAUGUGUGAGAGUGGAGCAAGAGGAACAAUAUCUGCUUGUGAAUUUGUUUUUCCAUCCUGCACAGACCCACAGAAUUGGCACUAUAAUUCUAUAAUUUCUGUUAGCCUAUAAAGUAGUGUGAUGAAAAUAAAUACAAAUAAAAACAA